AUGGACCGCACCGACGAGCGAGCGCCCCUUUUGGGAGCCAGCGACAACGCGUCUGGCGCUGUGGCUGCCCUACGACGGGUGUCCGACCGCCAGGUGCUGCUCGCCUCCAGCAGCAGCUCGACCCGCAGCAUCUCGACCAGCUACGACGACUCGACGCAGAAACCAUCGCUUCGCUCCUCGGGCGUCGAGCGCAUGGCCGCCGUGUCCGCCAGCUUCUCGACCGCCGACCGCGUGUGGCUGUUCGUCGCCAUCUUCCUCGUCGGCUACGCCUACGGCCUCGAGAGCCAGGUGCGCUCCGCCUACCAGCCCUACGCAACCUCCAGCUUCUCGCUGCACUCGUACCUCUCGACCAUCAACGUCUUCCGCAGCGUCGUCGCCGUCGCCGUCCAGCCCACUGCCGCCAAGGUCGCCGACGUGCUGGGCCGCUUCGAGGUCAUCGCCGCGUCCACGCUGCUGUACACGGCCGGCAUCGCCAUCGAGGCGAGUGCCCAGUCGGUUGAGGCAUUUUGCACCGGGAGCAUCAUCUACCAGGCCGGCUACACGUGCAUUGUGCUGCUGAUGGAGGUCCUGAUUGCCGACUUUUCGUCCAUGCGAGCCCGUGUCUUCUUCAGCUACAUCCCCGCCAUUCCCUUCCUCGUCAACACCUGGAUUAGCGGCAUCAUUACGUCGGCCGUCCUGGAGGCGACCACUUGGCGAUGGGGUCUGGGCAUGUGGGCCAUCAUCUACCCGAUUGCUUCGCUGCCGCUGCUCACCUUCCUGUACACCGUUGAACGCCGUGCGAAGAAGAUCGAGGCCUUUCGACCCGAGUCGCGCCACCAUUCGCCCAAGAAAUGGUUCAACUCUGACCUCUUGGAGCAGCUGGACAUGGUCGGCCUCGUCACCCUCAUCGCAGCAUUCUCCCUCGUCCUCGCACCGCUAACAGCAGCCGGUGGCAAGGUCAGCCAUUGGGGCAACUGGCAGGUCAUUGUUCCCCUGACCUUGGGCCUCUUCCUCGUCCCUCUCUUCGUCCUCUGGGAGAAGCGCGGCGCCAAGAACCCUCUCGUCCCUUUCCAUCUUCUGCGCGAUCGAGGUGUCUGGUCUGCAUUGGCCGUCCGCAGCAUGCUCAACUUUGCGUGGUACACCCAGGGCAACUACCUCUUUACUGUCCUCGUCGUCGCAUUUGACUUUUCCGUCGAGAGUGCUACCCGCAUUCUCUCCUUCUUUUCUUUCUUCGGCGUCCUCAGCGGCAUGGCAGCUGGUCUGGUCAUCUUCAAGAUUCGCCGCCUCAAGUUCAUCAUCGUCGGAGGCACUUGUCUCUUCAUGCUGGCCUUUGGCCUUUUGAUUUUGCACCCCGGUGGUGCUUCCGAGGCCUCCAGAACUGGCAUCAUCGGCGCACAGGUCCUGUUGGGCGUGGCCGGCGGCUUGUUUGCGUAUCCCACCCAGGCGUCUAUCCAAGCCUCCGCCUCGCGCGAACACAUGGCCAUUCUGACUGGUUUGUACUUGUCAUUUUACAACGUCGGUAGCGCCUUCGGAACGUGCUUGUCCGGUGCAAUCUGGACCCAGACACUCUACGGCACUCUACAAGCCAACCUCGCAUUCCAACCCAACGCCACGCUGGCUCAGGCCAUCUACGACUCCCCCUUUUCCGUGGUACCCAACUAUCCCGUCGGAGGAGAAAUCCGAGACGCCAUCAUCGCCAGCUAUUCACAUGUGCAGAAGCUGCUCUGCAUUGCUGGCAUGUGCCUUUGCAUUCCCAUGAUUGGAUUCGCCCUGGCACUGCGAAAUCCACGGUUGUCCGAGGAGCAAGUCCAACCGGAAGCCGAGACGGACGUCAACCCUGAAUCGUGGUCGCGAGACCUGAACUAG